AUGUCAUAUAAACGAUCUCGCACGACCUACGAAGCCGAUCUUCAUGCACCUUUUGCAACCUUCGGCACUCCUCUCCCUGAUGACCCUGAUGCCCGAGACGAUGGCUCGUUCGUGCCAGUCUGGAAGCAGGAGGUGAGAGAUGAUAGGGGACGAAAAAGGCUUCACGGCGCAUUUACUGGUGGAUGGAGCGCAGGCUAUUUCAAUACCGUUGGAUCCAAGGAGGGAUGGACCCCGUCGACUUUCGUCUCGAGUCGGAACAACCGCCACAAACCCGAAAAUGCACAAACACAGCAGCGAGCAGAAGACUACAUGGAUGAGGAGGAUCUUGCUGAUGCCGCUGAAGCCCAGAAAGUGCAGACUGCUCAAGCCUUUGCUGGACUUGGCUCCUCCAACCAGGAUGCCAAUGCUGGGGGGUUGAUGGGUUUACUGAGAGCUGAAGGUGAAACCAUGGGCUUGAAGUUGUUGCGACGCAUGGGCUGGAAAGAUGGGCAAGGUAUUGGACCGAAAAUUCGCAGAGGUGCCCGUCUUGAACUGGGAGACAAGAGCGCUGAAGUUGCCGAAACACAUCGUUUUGCGCCAGAUAACGCAACGAUGAUACAAUUCGUCCGCAAGAAUGAUCGAAAAGGACUGGGCCAUGACGGUGAAACCAAAUUGACGAGCCUGAACCCGAUCACAGCUGCGGCUGACGACGAGGACGAGGACAAUGCUUACGAUGCUGGUGUACGCAGCACCUCUCUUCUUUCCUCGCAGAAAUCUAAGACGAAGCCCGGUCGUGGAGGCAUAGGGGUUGGCAUAUUAAACGACACUGGUUCUGACGAUGAAGACCCCUACGACAUGGGACCGAAGAUCCGGUACAACCGCAUUGUUGGUGGUGACAAGAAAAAAAAGAAAGCAAAGAAAGCUAGCGCUGCCGUUAACCCUGCGCUGAAACAUGCACCAGUUUUCGUAUCUCGGACCGCUCGAGCUGGAAAUGGGCUUGGACGGUGUUAUGACGGACGGUUGCCGCUCGAUGGUUUCGUGCUUGCAAAAAUUACCGAGGACUUGUCCGAUCUUUUGUUAGAAUACAAGCCGCCCUCCGUCCCAGAAGGAUGGGUAUCUUCGAAAAUAGUUUCGGAUCGGGCGACCGAUUCGGAUUACAAGUCAGCAGCAGAUGCUGCGAAAGCGUCUACUCAUGAUGCAAAGUCAAGAGCAGCCCUUCUUGGAGAAAAGAGCUUACCAGGGAAAUCGGUCUUCGACUAUAUCACCAGCUCAGCACGAGAUAGACUUGCUACAGCAUCCGGGAACAGAAGUCUUCCCCAGGGCUUAGGAGAAGUACCAGAAGGAUACUCCAUGUCAGAGGAGGAAAGACAACAAGGAGUAUGGGAUGCAGCACCCACAUUGGAUCGAGAAACCGCUGUUGCAGCAAUCUCGCGAGGCUCAACUGGACCCUAUGCAGACAAUGAGGAGAAAAAGGCACGCUAUAGAACCUAUUUGGAACAUUUUGCGACAGGAAACCAGCCGUUGCCAUCCAAGCCCAAGGGAAUGGCAUAUGACGACUUUGCAAGAGAGUUAUCGGAGUUCCAUAACUGCGCCAGGAUCUUCAAACCGAUGACAGGGUUCAUGGCAUCUCGUUUCACGACAGCAAAAACAUCAUCGACCGUCUCAGCAAAUGAUUCUGAGACCGAUCUGAUGUCAAAACCCGAGCCAAAGGUCGCCGACCCUGCAGAAGAGGCAGCCAAAGUUGGCAUGUAUGGCAAGAUGACUCGAACAGUCGCGGACUUUUAUCCAACAAGACUACUGUGCAAGAGGUUCAACGUUAGGCCACCCGCGCACUCUCAGCCAGAAACGGAGGCGGAAAAUGGCUCCACAAGGGGCCGUGAUGCAGGUUCAGGCCCUAUGGAGGAAGUCAAAAUGAACCCAACGUACCCGGCUGGAGAUGUCAAGUCGAUCGAAGCCGCCCCUCCGAGCAUCACACCGUCAGCUCCUACGCCUGAGCCAGCUAUCAACCCAGACAAGAAUGAAGCAGUUGAGGGCACAACAGCACACGAUGAAAAGAAAGCCGCCAUCCUGUCUGAAUUUCAGGGAGCUGGAAUUGGACCAUCUGUGUCCUUGGAGAAGAAGACGCCGUCACCUGCCUCAUCAAGGCCAUCAAGCACGCGCACAACAUCAAGUCAUCGCGAACCGACACCCGACGACCUCAAAUCCGCUAAAGAACCGGAAUCACACAUUCUUUUGAGCCACGAGCAGUUACCCCCGCCGCAGUAUCCCGCCUCCGAGCCUUCAACUUCGUGUCCUCCCCCCUUCUCGUCGCUCUUUACCUCCCAGCCUAACAACGCUCACGAGCGUUCCGACAAAUUCGUCGCUUUCACCGCUCGCUCACCUUGCGGAACAGAGGCAUCAGGCUCCGCUGCACCAGCAUACGAAUCCUCUUCUCCCAGAGAAGCGCUUCCGUUCGACCCAGACCAAAGCACCACCGCAUUUCGCGAUCCAGUCGCAGAGACUAAACGCGCGCUUCCUCGGGAUACCAAGGGAGACUCCAGUCGCAAGGACGACGACGCAGAACCACCACCAGCUUAUUCAGAGGGUGAUAAUCCUCUCAGUGCAUUCUCUUUCAUAAUGGCUGCCGCAGGAGGAGCUUCGAGUAUCAUUACUCAGGUGCAACAGGGUGGACCACCCAUUAGCACUCUUGGAGAUGUUGGUGCUGACGAGACGAUCGCUAUGGAUCUAAGGGGCACAAGAUUUUAUCUUUCUAGAGACGAGUUGCUUACUUUGCCCGAAUUCGUACUGCUUUCUUUGUUCCCCAACGGACUUUUCCCCGAGGGUCAAAUGGGCGGGUUCGCAGACGGCGAUGCCGUACAAGUCGACUACGACCCAGCUUCGCUUCAGUACAUGCUCGACUUUUUCAGGGACGUAGCACAAUCCAUCCCCACAGAUGGAUCACCAAGUGCUUCUCAGGAUGAAGAUACGCCAUCUCUUGGUGCCUCGCGUGACGACUCUAAGCGAGCCGGUAUCAUUGUGCUGCGCGAGGACCUUGAUUUCUACGCUAUCCCUCCCCGAGCCGACAUCGGCCAGCUUGACAUGAUUGCCGUGAAACGGGCAGCCGCAGAGGCGUUGCAGCAACAGAACGGCAUCUUUUCCGGCCUCAAGCGAAGUGACGAGCCUGGUACCACCGAGGCCCAUCUUAUCGAGAUGUUGACAGCUGGUGGUUUCAACCACGACGACCGAUGGGGUCACCGUGCUGGCGAGCCUAACAAGGCUGUCAUUUGCAGUCUUGCUCUUGCUCGUCUACGCAGCGAUAUCCGAGGCAACGAGAUGGGCACUAACGCUGUUGGUAUGGCUCAGAAGCUUCUCCUCUUCUGGCGUAAGCCCGCUCGACGUUGCUGGUGGGAAGGUGUCGAGCUCGAGAACGUUGCAGGCGUUGAAGGCAAGCUUAAGGUCUGGAUCCGAAGGGUAUGGACCCUCGAGAUGAGCGUCAUUGGCCUGCGUUAA